CAUGCCCGCCAUGCCAGACUCUGGCGACUCAACGCUGCUACAAAAGCCAUCAGACACUCCUCACAACCCUCUCACUCGCGUAGCAUGCUCCUACAACCCUCUCGCGACCUACACACUACCCCGCGGCAAUGGCAAGCAUUAUCAGCAGCAGUAUGCCGACAUGUACUUCGCCAGGCUAGCUCAGUUGAAGCCAGGGUUAGUCCAGCUCGCCACUGAUGCCUUUUCCGACUACGAGAUCGCCGGGGAAGCGGCAAAAAGAGUCGACCGAGUGCUGGACGUUCGGCAAGGAAACCUGUGCUGGGUCAUUGGCACAAUCUACAUGGAGAUGCCUCUGAAGCCCAAUGUUUUGGACGACAUCGGGAAAGAGCAUUGGAUCGCCGCUCCUCCACCGCGGGAGAAGUAUAAUGGGGGUGAAGGACAAGUGAUGCUGGAGGAUGAGUCGGGACGACUGAAAUUGACAGGGAGUUUUCUGCGGAACGUGCUGCUCGUGACGGGAGCAAUCGUCGCUGUGUUGGGAACAGAAAAUGUGGACGGCGACUUCGAAGUGCUCGAUUUGCGGGUACCAGAUCUGCCACGACAGCCGGCACGGUGGGAGAGAGACGACGGUGAUGCUGCGGUGAAAGGCAAGAAGGUCAGCCAGAAGCGGGGAAAGGCAGGCAAGGUCGCCAUCGUCUCCGGCCUCUCGAUCAGUGGUGAUGCCGGGGAUACACUGCUCUUAGAUUUGCUCGCCGAAUUUCUCCUCGGCGAAGCAACUUCUCCCCAAAACCAGAACGAAGCAUCUCAAAUCUCACGCCUCAUCAUUGCAGGCAACGCUCUUGCCCACGGACAGCCCAUCCCAUCUCGAGAGGAUGUCAUCGCAGCAAAGAAGUCUGGGAAGCGCACGUAUGGCUAUGAUGCGUCUGCCUACAAUGCCGCACCGACCGAUCGCCUGGACUCCUACAUCGCUUCACUGCUUCCGUCGAUCCCGGUCACCCUUCUCCCAGGCGCGACAGAUCCCACAUCAACAAGUCUGCCACAGCAGCCCAUUCAUGCCGCGAUGUUUCCUCGUUGUCGACCGUACAUGUCACAUCCCCAAGAGCCAGCUGGCAGCUGGUUCGACUCACUCACAAAUCCUGCAGAGUUCGAUCUCGAUGGCCUGCGCUUCAUCGGCGGUGGAGGUCAAACCUUGGAUGACGUCUUCAAGUACGUCGAUGGCGAAGAGAGACUUGAGAUGAUGGAGGCAAUGCUGCGGUGGCGGUUGUCCGCUCCGACUGCGCCCGAUACGCUGCCUUGCUAUCCUUUCCAGGAUGGAGACCGGUUCGUGAUCAAAGAGUGCCCGCAUGUCUACUUUGUAGGCAAUCAGCCCAAAUUUGAGACUACAAUCAUCGAAGGGCCUCAAGGGCAAGAAGUCACGCUGAUGACUGUGCCAAGCUUCAGAGAGACUGGACAGGUCAUUCUACUGGAUUUGGAGGAUCUGAAGAUCGAAAUUGUGAAGUUUGAAGCAUUUUCUGAGUGAAAAGCUGACGGACUUGUGUUGGGCUGAUUCUUAACACACGCAACACAACUGUGAUGAGCAUCUCGAGUGGCCUGGAUCGCACGACGCAUGUGCCCAGAUUGAGCAAAGAUUGUUGACCAGUACGCGCAGCUCCGAUGGGCUAGCAAACAGCUACGGCAACGCUGCUGGGUCGCGCUGAACAAAAGCACGGAAGCAUUUUGGUCCUCACGACUCGAAACGUUGGACCCCAGCUGGCACCGCCACAUCUCGCAAGCCAAUGGCAAGCUCUGCCCGUCCCGAUGCUCUGUCUGAUCAGUAGUACAGAGCACGGUGAACGCGUGCAAACAUCUCACCGGAUUGCAAUACUCAGCGAAUCAUCAGCAAUCCUGGCUGCGACACGAUCUGAACAGAUUGGCACUAUUCUCAAACUUCGUGCUCAGCUUGGGUCGAACCGAUUCCCAUUGAGCGGAGUGAGACAUAGAACCGCAUGCCGGACUACCACUGCUCGAAGUAGAGACAUGUUGCGGUGUCUUCUGCCG